AUGAAGUUCUUCGCCUCCACUCUCGCCCUCAUCUCCCUGGCCCUCACCCCGGCCAUGGCUGCCCCCGCCACCGCCGCCGCCGUCUCGGUCUCGGUCUCCUACGACACCAAAUACGACGUGGCCGGCAGCUCCCUGAACACCGUCGCCUGCUCGGACGGCGUCAACGGCCUCGUGACCCAGGGCUACACGACCUUCGGCUCCCUGCCCAAGUUCCCUCUCAUCGGCGGCGCCCCGACCAUCCCCGGCUGGAACAGCCCCAACUGCGGAAACUGCUACAGUCUGCACUACAAGGCCGGCAAGGUCGACAAGACCAUCUACGUCACUGCCAUCGACGCUGCUCCUGGUGGCUUCAACCUCGGUCUCCAGGCUAUGAACCAGUUGACGAACAACCAGGGUACCCAGCUGGGUCGCGUGCAGGCGACUUAUGCGCUGGCUGAUCCCUCGAAGUGUGGUUUUUAA